UCUUGUGAUUUUUUUCCCCACACAUACAUAUAUAUAUAUAUAUAUAUAUAUAUAUAUAUAUAUAUACAUUGUCUUUUUAAUCCGUUUUGAGUUUUGACAUUUAACAUUGUCACGUUAUCGAUGGGAAAAUUCAUUUUUAGACAAUAUGAUUUGCCCGAGCAGUUAGGAGACACCGAGAGUAACAAGCGGUAGAAAAUGGAUUAGAAAGGAAAGAUUUAAAAAAAAAAAAAAAAACUUUUUUUUUUUAAAUUUGGGACUUCCCGUGGGCCGGAUUUUGGAUGCUGGGGGGCCGGAUCCGGCCCGCGGGCCGUAGUUUGGGCACGCCUGCAGUAGAGGAAUAAGUAGUUGAUCCUCUGCUUAUUUGGUUACCUCGUUACAAAGAUAUGAACGGCCCAAAGACGUUAUUCCUUUUCUUAAUCUAAUUGCACUAUUUUUAUAUUGUAUAUAAGGAGCUGCUUUUAAUCUCAUUGUACAUGGGUAUAGUGACAAUAAAAGUCAUGGUGAAGGGCUAGUCCAGAAUUACAAGGGAGGAACUGGUUAACAAUCAGAGUCGCAAGGUAAAAAAUGAGUACACACUUUGCUUUGAUGGAUUGACUUCCUGCAGUGUCCACCUGCUCAAAAAGGGCAAGCAACACCUGACUGACCCAGCCAAGCCUUGGGAGACCUCAUGAAGACUUCCCCGCAUUGAGGGGCUGGGAAACAGGACUUUAUCCCUGAAAUCUUGGAUGAGAACAAUGCUGGCCCAAGCCAGAACACUGAAGCUGGGUCGUGGAUGAGUCUUCCAGCAUGACAUUGACCGAAAACAUACUUGCAUACACAGAUCACUCGCGUGUAGAACUUAACAAUUUGAGGGGAGCCCACGUUUUGCAUGAAAAAGCGAAUGUAAAAUGUCAAUAAAUGACAGGGUGCUUCAUAUGAAAUUUUACCACAAACAUAUUCCUAGCCCCUUCCUGCUCCGUCACUGAUUGAAUGUAAUGGCAAAUGUUCCCCGUGGCGUGCAGUGAUUGAACACAGAGUUGUCAGGCACUAAUCUUGUGUAUCAGAUAUGUGAAGUAUCACUUGCAUUUAUUUUUGUUGGGCAAACUGUUGCACUGAAUCCCACAUGGUGUUGCUGUAAAAAAGCAAAGCUUGAUCAUUUGACUUUGUGAGCCAGACUGCUCUGUUUUAAAUUUAUAUAAAACUGAAUAAUUAAUUUUGUUAAUAUUAUUUGUGGGAGGGUUCCAUAUCAAAAAGUUAUCUAAAAUAAUAGUUAAUGUAAAAUAUAUAUAUUUGAAUAGGUUUUGCAGUUUACAAGAUAUUUGUAAACUAUUUACACAUUGUCAUAUUCCCCAUAUAUUAAACUUCUAUAUUCUCUUGUGUGGAAGUCAUGUAAAAUGACAAUCAAUGAAUGACAGGGGGCUCUAUCUCAAACCUAUUCUAGCACCAUAUCCUGCUCCGUCACAGAUAAGAAAAUAAAAGAUUUCUCCCGUGGCAUGCAAUGUUUCUGCUGGUCUUGUAAAACAGUUGUAUACUAACUGGAUUAAAUUAAGGUCAUGUGUCUCAGGAAGGUUUGCAAAAUUAUGUUUUAAUUUGUUGAAAAAUGUCUUUGAGCAGAUUUUUUUUUUUUUUUGUAUAAAUACUUAUUUCCCCCAGAAAGUGUCACAACUAGAGACCGAAACAUAUUUGAGAAUUGUGAAAUGUCUGGACGAGCAUUGAUAACGUUACACACUUGCUUUGUUGAAAUCUGGUUUCCAUGGUUACUGUUGCCAUCGCAAAAGAUUCGUGGAGACGGGACAAGCCACCGUUUAAUAUAUAACUAGAAGUGACAGACACCCGGCUAUAUUUACAUUACAAGAUGUAUUGCUAAUGUAGAUCAAGUGUAAAAUGUUAUUGGGCUUUGUUUGGUUUUUUCAAUAGCUUACCAUAGUGAACUUCUCCGCAGGAGUCUGAGCAACGUAAUGAAACUCCCUGCCAUUUACAUAGCUGCCACACCAGUGCACUGUUCUUCUCGGCCAUGCUCCCUCCAGCAGAGUCGCAGUCAGAUUGUCAGACCCAUCACAUUUCCUCUCAUCUCGGAGUUCUCGAGCCAACUAUGCACCAGCAAUCAGGUUAUUCCAAGACUGAACCCUUUGUGUCCACUGCUGGUCAGUAAACGCACCGUCAGUCUGGAAACUCCUGUUGCCCACCAUCACAACCAACAGAGGACACUGAUCAUGCAGAAGAGAGAACAUGCCAGGUAUCAUCAAAUAUGGCAAAGACCGUUUUAUGGAACCAGUAUGGAGAAAGAAGAGUACAGGUAUAUGGUAUCAAUGUGUCUUCUGACCCCUGGCCGAGGAGGAUUGCAUGACAUGUUAUUGAUAUGUUGCAGGAGGGAAUUGCGUGAGCAGCUCAAGAGACAGAUGGAGGAGAAAAGUGUCCCACUCACGCUGCAGUUGGCCAGUAAGGUGAAAGAAGCAGAGUAUAUGCGUGAGAUGGACCGCCUCGCCCUGUCCGCAGAAAGAGCGCAAGCGCUCCAACACAGGAAAGCAAUGUCCUCCUACAGAGACGAGAACAAGAGGCUAAUGGAGCAGAGGUGGAGAGACAGAGCAUUAACGCACUCCCAGGAGGUCAUGAUGGAGAGGGAGAGGCUGCGCCUCAACCCCAUCAACUGGAGUGGAACGUUAAAAUAGGUCAGCCUUCACUGUUGUCUCACCCAAGGCUUCCA